AUGCCCACCCCUACCGCAACGAGCGCCACUUCAACGGCCGCCAAUGCCCCAACUUCCCCAACUGCGCCUCUGGACGACGACGAAGGCAACGACUACGAGUGCAACGUCUGUUUGGAAGUGGCUUCGAGUCCAGUCGUGACCUUAUGCGGCCACCUCUUCUGCUGGCCAUGCCUGCACUACUGGAUGCAGACUCGAUCGGCGUUCGCCAAAGCGUGUCCGGUGUGCAAAGCGAAGGUUGAGCAGGAUAAGAUUAUACCGAUUUAUGGGAGGGGUAGGGAGGCGGAGGAUCCUCGAUUGAAGGUGAUUCCAAAGAGACCUACGGCUGCAGCGCCUCCACAGGUCACACGAUACGGGGGCGGGUGGCAAGGGUUCGGUGGAGGCGGACCGACGGGGAAUGGGGUUACUGUUGGUCUGGGGAUCUUUCCGUCGUUGUUUGGGGUUCACUUUAGCGUUGGAACGCAAAUGGGCGGUGUAGCGGGCCAACGACCAGCACCUGACGCAUUUCAACCGGGGUCAUUCGUCUCGAGGUUGUUCAUGAUGAUCGGGAUUUUGUCGAUGUUGGCGAUCAUUUUGUCUUAG